AUGUGUAACUUAACAGCAGUGACCAAAGAUGUGGAUGUGUCAGAAGAGAUGCAACAAGAUUCAGUAGAGUGUACUACGCAGGUGCUGGAGAAAUGCAACAGAGAAAAGGACAUUGAGGCCCACAUCAAGAAGGAGUUUCACACGAAGUGCAACCCCACCUGCCACUGCACUGUGGGGAGGAACUUCAGUAGUUAUGUGACACACGAAACCAAACACUUCUACUUCUACCUGGGCCAGGUGGCCAUUCUUCAGUUCAGAUCAGCUUAA